AUGCUGCAAAGUUCCUCUUCACCCUCACCCUCACCUACUCCAGCGACUUCACCGCCCAAUCGACAAUCUCCAGCUGCUGCCUGGAUCCAGCGACUCAAUGCACCACGGUCGACCAGCUUUGAUGCAGGCCUUGAACUCAAUCGCAAUGGAAAUGGUGUUUCAGCGCUAGGAUACGGCAGACCAGGACAGGAAGAGAUGGAAAUGAUCGUUGAUGAGAAUGGAGCUGGACCAUCUAAUCCUGCUGUCAUCGCGUCUGAUCUUAGAAGAGCAACUAGUCUAAGAACUGCUGGUGUAUUUGGCGGAGCAGGUAGGGAGACGGUCAGCUUCGGUGCUGCAGGAUCGAAUCUUACUUCACCUCCUAAUGCUGCCGCUCAAUUAUUCACACCUCCCUUGGCAUCCAGACACCCGUUAUUCUCCCAUCAUGCGGUGCAGGCUCCUGCUUCGACUGGCGGUGUACCAUCCGUCCAUUCAUCCGACCAGGGUCCAUCAUCCCCAGCAUUCAUGUCUGAUCCUGGACCUUCUGGGCCUCCUUCGCCCUCAGCAUCUGACCUAUCUUCCAGUGCGUUCUCACCCGCUUCGGCUUUCCUAUCCCACUUCUCGUCCUCGAUGUCACUACGUCCACCGCAGAAUCUGGCUCCCGACGCUCAAGGUGCAAAAGUAUCAGACUAUAUCUUAGGGAAGAUUAUAGGUAGAGGUGGAUUUUCAACUGUGCGCAAAGCAACACACGUACAUACCGGGGAAAUAUUAGCAUGCAAGAUUGUGAAGCGGGACGAUCUGUCCGAUAGAUCAGGAUCAUUGGAGAAGUUCGAAGAUGAAAUCAAGAUAUGGCAAAGCUUACCCAAACAUCCAAGUCUACUACCACUAGUGGAAAUGCACCGAACGCCAUUCGCUACUUUCCUGUUCACACCUUACAUGUCGGGCGGAUCGCUGUUAGACGUAUUGCAGAGAGAAGGUGGAUCGGACAAAACAGCUCGAAAAUGGUUCCCCGGCGUGGUCAACGCCGUGCAGGUGUUACAUGAAGGUCAUGAAGGUUUUGAAGGUGGCAUCUUACAUGGGGAUUUGAAAUUAGAUAAUUUCCUAGUGGAUCAGUCGGGAUCAGUCAUGGUAGCUGAUUUCUACAUGGCACAGAAGAUUCAAGAUAAAGAUCAUAACAGUCAUCAAGAAAUGAAUUUGACGGUCCCUCCUCCCCUCGUCGUGGGUCAUUCAAGUCCCUCAGGUAGACACUCCACUUUACCUGCUGGAUAUCAUAGAGGUCCGAGAAUGUCCUCACCACUUCCUUCAUCCAAACACCGACCAAACGAACAUCCCUUACCCGAUAAUAUCACCCCUCAUCCCACCCAACCCUUCCCUUCGGCUUCCUUACCAUACGCUCCCCCAGAACUACUUCGUGCUCCACCAGCAGGUCCAUCGCUUGCUCAAGACGUGUGGGCAUUAGGUAUAAUACUUCAUGCGUUACUUACUGGCAGGCUUCCAUUCGUGGACGCCUUCGAUCCUAGAUUACAGAUGAAGAUUCUACGCGGUGCAUGGGAAGAACCGGCCUUCCUAGGUAGAGAAUGGCUAGAAUGUCUACACGGAUGUUUAGAUGGGAACAAAGAGACUAGGUGGACCGUGAGAAGGGUGAAAGAAAGUGACGCGGUCAGCGGAUGGGCAGAAGUGAAAUCUCGAAGCAAGUCUCGAAGUCGAUCGAGGGCAAGGAUGGGUAUGGGUUUGAACGAUGGUUAUGUCGAUACCAUCAGGAGAGACGGUAGUUCUGGACCUGUCUCGAUUGGAUCACCAUUUGGUAGAGGAAGAACAAGGAAACAUUCCACCGCUUCUUCAGGUUCGGCUUCAGCCUCAAGAGAUAGAAUGUAUCAACAACCUCAAGCGCACGAUGAUCGACUUGAUGUCUUCACUUCUACUUCUCGUCCACCUAGCACCAAUAAUCGAAGAGAUGAUCCUCGACAUCCCCGAUCUAGAUCUGCUAGUGCCUCGAGAUCAAGAAGUAGUGGAAACGAUCAUAGGCCAAUGUUCACCUUGGAUGCUCCAGAUUUAGUUAGAUCACUCGAAUCCGUUGAUACCGCUCGUGGGCGAACUACUCGUAGAGGAGAGACGAACAAUGGUCUGAAUAUACCUGGUCUACCAUAUGCUAGGCAUUCCGGUGAAGUUGCAAUCACAGGAUUACCGAUACCUGGAUAUUCCAACUCUCGCUCAAGAUCACGUAGUAGACCAAGGAUCGCUAUCCAACCUCAAUCUGCACCUUCCUAUCCUACCAAUUUCGGUACUUCCCUUUCAUCCGCUACAACAUCGUCCUAUAACCCAAUGAACGUCCCUCCCCACUCGCCCGGUACUUCACGAUCGAGAUCGAGUCAUUCACCAUCUGUCAGUAGAGGUGGUAGAAGCUUGAGUAGAUCGAGGGAUUCACCUGUAUGGGAGGUAUCGCAGCAAGCCCCAGAGAGAUACUCGUAUGGUCGAGAGUUAGAUAUGGUCCAUGAGGAGAAGGGAAGGGUGAUACAUGAGGAGGAUCGUCACGAGAGUCAGAGGGGUAGAACGGGGAGAAGUAGGAGUAGAGGUAGAGCUGGAAGGGGGUAUUAG